GUGGAGCUAAACGAGCUGAUGAAGGACCAGAAGCAGGAGACCUACUGGCAGGAGACGGGCCGAUGGGCCGGGUACGAGGAGAGCUUCGACCCCCAGUCGGGGGUGUGGGCGUCCCCACACAUCUCCUACCUCACCUUCAAGAGCCUCAUCCAGCUCCGACGUACCAUGAACACAGGUGUGACAAUUUUUGACUGUGAAGAGCGGACCCUGGCCACCAUCGCAGAGAAGAUGGUCAGCGAGAUGAUUAACAAGAAGGAGAUCAGGCCAGGAGACGGGGAAGAAGUGCUUAAAGCUCUGCUCCAAAACCGCAGCCAAUCAUCUGACCCAGAGAGCCAAACUCUGACCGACAGGAUGGACCUACACAAGUUUUCAGUCAAGGAAAGAAGGGAUGAAUCUAGCCGUGUAGAGGCCUCCAUGGUGCUAGUCGGAGCCUUGGACUUUCUGGAGAGGCCCACAGUUGUUUUUGUGCGUUUGAAGGAAGCAUCGGUGCUAGACUCAGCCCUGGAGGCCCCAGUGCCUGUGCGCUUUGUCUUUGUCCUGGUUGGACCGAACAAGGCUGAUGUGGACUACCAUGAGACUGGCCGGGCAAUGGCAGCACUGUUGGCUGAUAAAGUGUUCAAUCAGGUAGCUCUUCAGGCAAAGAGCCCCCGAGAGCUGACGGACGCUGUGUCCGACUUCAUGGACUGCAGCAUCGUCAUCCCGCCCACCGAGAUCCAGAACGAAGCCAUGCUCAGCUCCAUCAUCAGCUUUCAGAAGAAGCUACUGCAGGACAGACUCCAGUCCUCUGACACCACAGUCCCCCUGGACUCCAAACCUCGUAGGGUUUCCACCUCUAGCGGGCCUCCUCCUGAAGACCCUCUUGCUCGUACUGGUCGACCUUUCGGUGGGAUGAUUCGCGACAUAAAGAGACGCUACCAGUACUACAAGAGCGACAUCACCGAUGCUCUCAACGCCCAGGUUCUUGCUGCCGUCAUCUUCAUCUACUUCGCUGCCCUGUCUCCUGCCAUCACCUUUGGAGGACUGCUGGCUGAUAAGGUGGAAAACAUGAUGGGUGUUCCAGAGCUGCUCAUUUCCACCAGCAUUCAGGGGAUCAUCUUCUGCUUUAUUGCUGCUCAGCCUGUCCUGGUUAUUGGUUUCUCUGGUCCGCUGUUAGUGUUCGAGGAGGCCUUCUAUGCUUUCUGCAAGUCCCAAGGAAUUGAGUAUAUUGUGGGCAGAGUGUGGGUUGGAGUGUGGCUCGUCAUCAUUGUGGUGAUCAUUGUGGCCUGUGAGGGCAGCUUCCUGGUGCGCUUCAUCUCACGCUUCACCCAGGAGAUCUUCUCCAUCCUCAUCUCCCUCAUCUUCAUCUAUGAAACGUUUGCCAAGCUGGGGAGGACCUUCAAGGCACAUCCGCUGAUUCUAAAUUAUGAUCACCUGAAUGCAACCUUAGAAAAUCCCUGGCACCCAAAGGUGGAAGAGACCAUCAUCUAUGACAACGCCACCGGCAACACAACUGUUAUUAUCAACACUAUUAACUCAGCUUACCCCAACACAGCGCUGCUCUCCAUGUGCCUCAUGUUAGGCUGCUUCUUUAUUGCUUUCUUCCUGCGUCAGUUCAAGAACGGGACAUUUCUUCCUGGAAAGCUCAGGCGCUUGAUGGGUGACUUCGGUGUGCCCAUUGCCAUUUUCCUUAUGAUUGUCGUGGACUAUAACAUUGGUGACACCUACACUCAGAAACUGGUCGUUCCCAAAGGCUUGAUGGUGUCCAAUCCAGCCAAAAGAGGCUGGCUCAUCAACCCCUUUGGGGAGCACAAGCCUUUCCCUGUGUGGGUGAUGUUUGCAUGCUGCGUCCCGGCCCUGCUCGUCUUCAUCCUCAUCUUUCUGGAGUCUCAGAUCACAACCCUGAUUGUAAGUAAACCUGAGAGGAAGAUGGUCAAAGGCUCUGGGUUCCACUUUGACUUGCUGGUUUUAGUCGGCAUGGGAGGGCUGAGCGCAAUAUUCGGAGUGCCAUGGCUCAGCGCCGCCACUGUACGAUCUGUCACUCACGCCAAUGCCCUCACUGUCAUGAGUAAAGGACCAAAGCCUGUGAUCGAGAAAGUGAUGGAGCAGAGGAUCAGCGGCAUUGUGGUGGCCUUGCUUGUUGGUCUGUCCAUUCUGAUGGAGCCGAUCCUAAAGCUGAUUCCCAUGUCAGCCUUGUUUGGGAUCUUCCUCUACAUGGGAGUCACAUCACUAAAUGGCAUCCAGCUGUGGGAUCGUAUGCUGCUUCUUCUCAUCCCUAAGAAAUACCACCCUGAUGAACCCUAUGCAACCAGAGUAAGCACAGGACGAAUGCACCUGUUCACGGCCAUCCAGGUAGUGUGUCUUGCACUUUUGUGGAUCGUGAAGUCCAGUCCGGUAUCACUUGCGCUUCCCUUCAUUCUCAUCCUCACCAUCCCUCUACGUAUGUUUAUGACCGGGCGUCUAUUUACUGAACUGGAGAUGAAAUGUUUGGAUGCUGACGACGCCAAAGUGGUCUUUGAGGAGGAGCCUGGGCAGGACGUAUACUGUGAAUCUCAGAUGCCAUUGUAGAGGUUUUCCAUGACAGCUGCCAGCACUUUUUUAUUUUGACAAAAGGAUAUUUAUUUAAUAUGUGGCUCACAUAAUAUUUAAUUUGUCUAUGAGCUUAAACAUAUAUAAAGUGUUUUUUGAGAUACCAGAUGCAGAUACAGAUUCUAUAUCUUUCUAGUGUCAACAUUAAUGUCUUUUAAAAGGCUGUCUGGCUUAAACAUUCCUGAAGAAUUUUCAACUGUCACUCAGGUAAAUUCUUUGUAUUGCUGAAGCUGGAAAUAUUCUCAUUUAUAUGUUUUUACAAAGUAAGUCAUAACAAAUGCAAAGGCUUUUUUAAAGUAUGUAAAAGAGGUGCUCACACAUGAAAUUAAAAAAAAGUCAAUCAUGCCAGCACUCCAGAAAAGCUUGAAGAAUAAUAGCAAUAAAAGCCCAAACUGUAUGUUUUCCAAGCGGUCGCUCACUGAAUGUAAUAUUGUUACAAUUUAAGUUAUUGUUGCUUGAUGGGAGUAAAAGUCAGACUCUGAAUGACGCAAUAUUUGAUUUGUAAGGUAGGUGAUUUAGCAGGAAUGAUCAAACUGGCAACACUGGAGAGCAAAACGACAACACCACUGUGUGGCAAUGCAGGGAGAGACAAAAUGUUGUUAAAAAUUAUAUUGUGUGUUGUGUUGCUG